AUGAUGGAGCAGUUCAUCGAGGCCAUACAUUUGGUACAAAGCGGUCAUGUUCCCCCGUCAUCACCAAAACCAUAUGGAUGGCCUUACCGUCCUGAAGAUGAGCCAUGCCCAGUCCAUACACGAGAUGUCUCUCAUAGCCCAGAAGACUGCUCCCCGGCCAAAGAGGAGGACACCUCCUCAGAACUUUCCAUUAGUGAUAUUUGGAUUGGCCCUGGGGCGGCUGCUGCUGACGAUCUCGACAAUUCCUCUUCCGAACAUGGGGAAGAGUCUAGCAUGAGCAGGAGUGACACUGAAACACUCGCGGACGUUGACCCCGCUCUUGAAUUUAACUGGUUCAUGACCACUAGUCAUUGUGGUGUGGGGCUAUACAGUGAAAUAUCUACUGCACAUGUAGUUCAUGCCCCAGGUACAUCUAUCCAUUACUUCACCACACUCGGUGAAGUGAAGGAUCAUUUCAGGCUUGCUUUGGCGAUGUGGUGUGGCGAGGUGGUCUGA